UGAAACAUUUACCAAUAAUUAAAUAUAGCUUUCUCAUUUAACGACUAUUGUAUUGUUUUAAUAUCUCCUAAUCUUUAUCCGUAAGAAUAGUUCACUAUGGAUAUUACUUGGCUGUUUGCAAAGGAUUUCCUAUUAUCUGAGGCUCUUUUGAUUGAUAUUGAAAGCAAUAGCCCACUUGAAAUCAGGGUACACUUGACACCGAUCUGUGGAAAACUAUGGGCUUCUAUGAGUUGUACCAAGAUUAUUCUAACAUACAAAUGGUUACAAGAUGCAAUAGUGACCCUGGAAGCUUGUCUCGAUCGCACUUGGGAAUCGCUCAACUCUGGUUACUGGAAGGAAGUAUCGAUCCAUUACAAAUAUUGUUACACGUUUUGUACUAUUGUCAAGUCGGUGUUAUUGUUAAUGCAACACAAGUGCAAGGAUACGCCGAUAAAGUCACAAAUCACGCAACUGAAAGUAUUGGAAGACAUCAUACUGCAAAUUGAUAAAGGUAUACUACUAGGAGCUCCGACUGUAUCUGAUCCAGAGUUACUCACCACCGUUGCUUGCAAACUGAACUCGCUGAUAAAUGAGCUAAAAGACAAGAAGUGUUUGAAGGUUGAAAAUCUGAUGACAUUCGGCUGCAGUUCUCUUCCAAGGAGUGAGCUUCCAGGGCUUGCUCCUGUUGUUCAUUACCAUCAGCCGUCUAUGGAGGCUUUUUAUAGGGAUAUUUUUCAACCGAAGAUACCCGCUGUUUUGGAAGGGUGCAUGGAACACUGGAAAGCCAUGGAACUUUGGAGAGAUCCUAAAUAUUUACUAAAAGUUGCCGGAGUAAGAACUGUACCAAUUGAAAUCGGUUCUCAUUACACUGCAGAAGAUUGGACUCAGUGUUUGCUCACUUUCUCAGAAUUCAUUGAAUCAUAUGUAACACCUGAUACAUCGCAAAAACUGGGAUACCUAGCACAGCACGAAUUAUUCAAUCAAAUACCAGAGUUGAUGGACGACAUCGCUGUACCGGACUACUGUAACUUCACUGAUAGUGGGGGCGAUGCUACACCACCGGAUAUUAACGCAUGGCUAGGGCCAAAAGGCACAAUCUCGCCAUUGCACUUUGACCCGAAAAAUAAUCUCCUUUGUCAGGUAUUUGGGCAUAAAGAAGUCAUACUGUUCCACCCUAGGGAAACUCCCAAUUUAUAUCCCUAUGAAACUAAACUCCUGACCAAUACAGCUUGUGUGGACCCUACAAGACCGGACUUUAAAAAGUGGCCCAAAUUCGAGAAGGCUAACGGCAUAACGUGCGCUUUGGGACCCGGUGAGAUGUUGUUUAUUCCACCAGGGUGGUGGCAUUACGUCACUGCAUUGUCCCAAAGUUUCUCCGUAAGUUUCUGGUGGGAUUGACAUAUAACGAUUGUAUAGAUGCGUUGUUCAGUUUUAAAUUUUCAAUAACUGGAUCCUAGCCAUGUAUAUAAAAUUUCUUCCAAUCAGGGGACAAAAGACGAAUUGUUGAAUGCAUUGUUUUAAUUAUAAUAAAGAUCCUACAAAUCUCUCCCAAUGUAAACCAAGGAAUAUCAUUCGAUAUAUUCGUUUGUAACAGUGGUAUUUAUUACUACGGACAAUUGAGUUCAGUGUCCCAAGUGAUCGUCACAGCAGUCUGCUGACUAAGAAUAUUCUCAGUGAUUGAAUACAGUAUUUUUA